UCAAAUAGUAAGGGAUUAUUUGUGUAUUCAAGCUACAAAUGUAGCUUUAAAACAAGCUUUUUUAGUUGCUGGAUUAGUUAUUUCACCUUUAAGAAAUAGAUUAAAAGCAGAAAUAGCUAGGAACAGUAAUUAG